AUGGCUCUUAAAGUCUUUGUAACAGGAUACGUUGGAGGCACGGCCUUUGCCUACAUCUACAACGCUCACAAGGACAACGAGUACACUCUCCUUGUUCGAAACGAGGCUCGCGCCCAAGUCGUAAAGGAAAAAUACCCAACCGUCAAGUUUGUCUAUGGUGGUCUUGAUGAUGUUGAUAUCAUUGAGCAAGCCGCUUCAGAAGCGGAUGUUGUUGUCCACACCGCAGACUCAUCAGAUCACGUUCCCAGUGCUACUGCAAUUAUCAAGGGCUUGCAGAAGGGACACACAGCCGAAAAGCCUGGAUACUGGCUGCACCUUUCUGGCACAGGCAUCCUGACCUGGUACGAUCUCGUCAACGGCAGAGAAGGACAGGCCCCUCUCCCCGAGCAGAAAUACCACGACAUCAACGACAUUGAGCGCAUUCAGAACCUGGAUGAUCGGGCUCCCCACAGGGACGUUGACAAGAUUGUCAUCGCUGCUAAUUCUGAUGCUGUCAAGAUUGCCAUCCUCUGCCCACCUCUCAUCUAUGGCAAGGGUUCUGGCCCCGGUAACACCGAGACAAUUCAGAUUCCCACUCUGGUGGACAUGACUUUGAGAGAGGGAUUCGCACCCGUCGUUGGAGAUGGCAAGAAUGAGUGGGACUACGUCCACAUUGACGACCUGGGCGACCUGUUUGUCAAGCUCUUCGACGCCACUCAGGAUCCCUCAAAGAACACCAACCCCGAGAUCUUUGGCCCCAACGGCUACUUCUACAGCCCCUACGGCACGCUCAACUUCGAAAAGAUUGCUGAGCGGGUUGCGGAAGAAAUCAAGAAGCAGGGCUACCUGGCGGACGUCCCCAUCAAGCAUGUGUCUUUUGCUGAGCAGACCAAGCUCAAGGGCUAUCACCCAGUAGCGGAAACCCUUGGCCACAACUCCAAGGGAGUGGCCGAGAGAGCUUCCAAGUAUCUUGGCUGGGCACCCAAGCAACCCAUUAGUGUGGAAGAUGAUGUUGCCGAGGUUGUGAGCCAGCGGGCGAAGCGAUUGGGACUAUAA